AUGUGGGGAAAUCUGGGGAUUGCAAGGAUUGCAAGGUUAAAUGCAGGUCAUACUCUUGUGAAAUUUAGAGAUGAAGCUACUAGAGAUCUGGUUUUAGAGAAUGGGAUUCUUCAUUUUGAUAGGAAGCCUGUUGUUGUGAGACCAUGGACUACUGAAUUAGAUCACCUGAAGUUAGUCAAAUCCGUUCCUGUUUGGGUUAGAUUACCAGGUUUGAGUUUGCAAUAUUGGGGGUCCAAAUGUUUGAGUGCUUUGGUGAGUACCAUUGGGAAUCCAAUUCUUGUGGACAAGGUUACUAAGGACAGGUCUAUGAUGCAAUUUGCUCGGGUCUUGGUGGAGAUUGAGAUAGCUGAUGAAAUUCCAAAGGCUAUUCAGUUUUUAAAUGAAAGAGGGCAAUUAAUGGAGCAACUUAUUGAGUUUGAAUGGCUGCCAACACAAUGUAAAAACUGUAAGGUGUUUGGCCAUACUGAGUCAUUAUGUACCAGGAAAAAGGUAGAGAUAUGGAAGCCCAAAGUUCAGAAACUAGAUGGUGAAACUGUAGGCCAGCCGUCUGAAGUGCAUACUGAUUCCACCUGCUCAGUUUUAGUGCAAGACUCGGAUAACACAGAUCAGCAGGGGAAUGGUAUUCAGUUGACCACUAGCGUUCAGGUUCAACAUGAUGAGAAGGGAGUGCUUAUUGCUCAUGGUUCAGAUUCCGGCCAAGUUACUGGGGAAAAUGAGACUGAAGUCCUGAGUGUUACCAAGGAGAAAGACUGGAUUACCCCUAAGAAAGUGGGUGGGGGGAAGAGAUUGGCUACUAAGGCUAAGAGCAAAUUGCAGAAUACUUAUAGUGUGUUGCAAGACAAACAGGUGGAGGGUUUAAAAUUGGUUGGUUCAGCAGGACAAAAACUAAAUGGGGAACUUCCAAAUACUUAG